AUGGAGGAGAAAUCGAUCUACGAUUUCUCGAUGGAGUCCCUGGAGGGUCAAAUUGUGCCAUUGAGCAAUUUCAUGGGCAAAGUGAUCCUUGUGGUCAAUGUGGCAAGCUUCUGAGGGUCCACCAUUGAAGAGUAUCACAGACUGAAUGCACUAAUGGAGAUAUUUGGUGGUCGCAACUUCACUGUCCUUGGAUUCCCUUGCAAUCAGUUUGGUCUCCAAUGUCCUGAGUUAAACAACGAAACCCUUAAUGUCCUGCAAUAUGUGAGACCUGGCGGAGACUAUGUCCCCAACUUCCCCAUGUUUGCUAAAUGUGACGUUAAUGGGUUAAAGGAGGAGCCUCUCUUUUCCUAUCUAAAGGAAUCCCUGCCUUUCGUGAACCCAGUGUUAGGAGACACGAAGAGGCUCUACUGGUCCCCCAUGAGGGUAAAUGACAUCAGGUGGAACUUUGAAAAGUUCCUCAUCACAGCAGACGGCCUGCCAUUCAAAAGGUAUGACUUACACUGCCCAGCAGAGAAAGUGGAAAGAGACAUAGCCCAGCUGCUAGACUGCUAACUAACUCCAUUACCAGCUCCUACUCCCUUGACUGACGGAGAUGCAACUCCUUCACUGAGUGGGGCAGAGUGAAGAUCUCUUGGUAAAUGCAAAUCCCACUUGCACCCGAGUUAGAUCUGAUGUGUUGGGUGCGAGAGGCCUCCUGGCUUACAGUGCAUUCACCUGGAGCCCUGGAUCUCAACAGCCCCUGAAAGCGAUGGAGCAUCAUCCCAGAACUACCUCCAACCCUAGGCUUCAAUAAACACAACAAUAAAACUAUGAGAAUGUAUAUUUCUGGUGACACAAUGAAAUAAACAUGUAUUU